AUGGCACACCUCGAAGCUCGAAAAUUUGUUUCCCCUGACUCGGGCUUCCCCGUCACUUUGCAUCCAGGGUUCAACGCAAAGAUCAAGGACUGGGUCCCGCCAGAGCCUCUGCGCGAGGAGAUCAAACCGGAAAAGGACCGCGCGCUGUUUGCCGAUCCCGAGAAGAAAGCCCUCUUCGCGGUGGCGAAGCGCGUGGACCUGACCGAAUCUAUCGGCACGCUGCUGGAAAACGUCCAGCUCUCGCAGUUGGACGAGAAACAGCUCGACGAACUCGCCCUGCUCGUCACGGAGAGGGGCGUGGUGUUUUUCCGCGACCAGGACCUCACGACCGAGGGACAGUACAAGCUUUUUGAGCACUAUGGAACUCUCGACCGACAUCCGGCUCAGAAGCCUCAGGGAGACUGGCAUGCCGACACAUCCUUUGAGAUCAACCCUCCCUCAUACUCUCUUUUGCGGAUGGAAGAGCACCCUGAAGUUGGAGGUGACACUGCAUGGAUCUCGCAGUACGGCACAUACGAUGCCUUGAGUAAAGCCUUGCAAAAGUUUGUCGAAGGACUGCACGCCGUCCACACGUCGCGGCUUCAAUACGACACAAUCCUCGACCUCUGGGGUGUCGGCCCAAACCGUCCGCCCAUCGAUACUCACCACCCAGCCGUCCGCACCCACCCAGUCACCGGGCUUAAAGCGCUGAACAUCAAUCCCGGCUUUGUGACGGGCUUCGCGGAACUCAAUAAGAAGGAGUCAGACAAACUUCUCGAGUUCUUCGAAUACCACCUGCAUUCCGCCGACGACCACUAUGUGCGCUGGAAAUGGGCCGUGGGCAGCGUGGCCAUGUGGGACAACAGGUAUGCAAAUCAUAACCAAGUCUCACCCCUUCAUGGACUCAUAGAUCCGACGACUGACCUGCAAUCGCCAUUUGCUACGAACGGCAGAUGUACCGCGCACCGCGUCAUCCCAGGGACGUACGAUAGUCCCAGGAGAGGCAUCCGGACGACGGUGUUUGGCGAGAAGCCCUUUUUCGAUCCCGCAAGCGAAAGCCGUCGCGAGCGACAGCUCAGGGCCAAGCAAGCAAAUGGUCAGGGCCAAAAUGGCCACAGCGGUCAGAAUGGUCAGAAUGGUCACAACAACCAAAAUGGUCACUAA